AUGGAUCCGCUGCAUCUGCAGUACAAAGUGGAACUUUAUAAGACGAACACCGAUGGAAGCUUGCAUCCAGUCACUGCUCCCGUCUCCGUUGGCGAUAAUAUCGUUUACGUUGUUCGCGUGAGUUCAUCAGCAGCAGUGGAUGCACGAAUCGGGCAUUGCUGGGCUCGCGAUGAGCGGUCGACCCUGCAGCUUUCCGAUGACAAUGGUUGCAGCUUGCAACGUGUCGGUGAAGUGUGGAAUGAAUUUCAGCGUAACGAACAGGGCACGGAUAUUGUUUUCCGGAAUCAAAUUAAGGCCUGGGCUUUCCCAACAAGGUUACCCGGAUAUUUUCUGGAUAUCUCUCACUUGGAUAAUCCAUCAUUUUGUGCAUGA